AUGGCCUCAGCAGGUACCCCUCUUGUGCCUCAAGCAAAGAAUGUGGUGGUCUUUAGGAAUGGAGACCCUUUCUUCACUGGAAGAAAACUUGUGGUGAACCAGAGGCAGAUACUGACUUUUGAGUCUUUUUUAAAUGAAGUGACCAAUAACAUCAAUGCCCCCGUGGCUGUGAGAAAUAUUUACACACCAAGUGGGGGACAUCGGGUCCUUCAGUUAAAUGAUCUACAGAAUGGAUCCCAUUAUGUGGCUGCAGGAUUUGAAAAGUUUAAAAAAAUAGCUUAUUUGAAAAAUGGGAACCCAAAACCUAAAGAAAACAGAGGAAAGGUUGGCAUAACGGUGAGGGCUGUUUAUUCCAACAGAGUAAAUGUUUCAGCUCGAUGGAAGAAAUACAUUCCAAUACCAUGUAUAGUUCAUAUUUUUAGGAAUGGAGAUGUGCUGAAUCCACCUUUUCGAUUGAUUAUUCCCAAGCAUGUAAUAACAAAUUGGGAUAAGAUUCUUGCCAUGAUAACUGAGAAAGCAAAGAUCCGAACUGGAGCUGUCCGCAGACUUUGUACAGUGAGUGGACAGAUCAUAGACAGUGGGGGAGAGUUGGAGAGUGGACAGUACUAUGUAGCUGUGGGAUCUGAGAAGUUCAAACAUCUUCCUUACCUUGAACUCCUUGUUUGCAAAAUGUCAUCACAAAAUGCUUACAGAGUCAGAGGUGACUGUGGGAUCACGCAGUGUGACCAUCUCCAGCUCAGAGGUUGUAGACACGGGAGCGAUGGGGCUGGUGGUGAUGGGAAAGAAACGCAUCGCAGGACCCUGGUAAUGAUGUCGGACGGCGAUUUCAAGAUCUGUGGCAGCAGCAACCACAACCUGGGAAUGAGUUCACAAAAACAAAGUGGUAGCAGUUUUGCAAAUGGCAUUUUAAUGAAGAUUCCAAACUAUUUCCAGUCAGAUAAGAGGAGAGUCCAGUCGACAGGAGAUGCAGGAACAGGUCAAAUCCUUGUCUCGCCUCAGAUGGUGAAGAGGAAGGGAAGGAAGACCAACAGCCAGGAAUCUAUCAUCUUUGCAAAACCCGUUCGAGUGAAAACAAAUCGGAAUCUGAUAAACAAUCCACACCUCAGGGAUUCUGCCAAAGACAAAAGGAGUGUUUUUAAAGUCACUGAGAAACGAGCUGAGCUGCAAGGAGCUCAGGAAAUUCCUGAUGAUGAAAAUACCAAGGUGGAACUGCCAAUUGAUAAGAGAGUAGCUGAAACUGUGGAAGAUGAAGUGAUUCCUGAAGAGGAAACAAUAUCAUGUUGAAGAGGUAGCAGCAUCUACUACAGAUUGUUACACAUUUUAGCCACUGCAUUGUGUGAUAACCCUUCACCUCUUCGAAAAGCAGUAACGAAAGCUCCACAACACACUCCUGCUAUGUCAUGUUCAUGACCAUAAACACUGUCCAGGCUGAGCAGCAAGACUCCAGGCUGUAUUGAUGGGGAUUGUGCUGAGUGAAUUCGACUCAGCUGAGUCAACAAUCAGGAUCCCACAAUUCGCCCCAGGAAGAAAAAGCUCACUGCUCCAAGUUGCUAAUCAAGAGUCAAUGUGGGAAAGCUGAGUGUGUCAACUGAACGCAAGAUUCCUGAGCAGGACUGGGAACAGGAUCAGACCCAACUGUAACACAAGUGGUUAACUAUUCACUAGCAAAGCUUAAAUAUGAAUGAAUAUUUGGACAAUGUGGUGGAAUUAAGUUAUCAAUCAUCACAGUCUAAUCCUUUAAGUUAAUGCCUUUGCAGAAAAGAACAGAUAAUUGAGAGAACGUAGAUUUGAGUCUCCAAAUUAAUAAACAACAUUAUUAUUUCAGUGAAACCCUUUCACUCUCCCUAUCUC